AUGAAAAUAAGACCUUUAUCACCGAUUUCUUUAAUUCAAACUUCAGCAUAAAAAAGCAUCAGCGAUAAUUAACUUAAGGAUGAUAUUGAAAGUAAUACUAGUAUGGUGAUUUAAAACGUUUAAAAUAAGAAUUCUGCUGAACAAUUUUAAAUUUAACAAUUUGAAUAAUAGCAAAAAUAAAGCAGAAAUUAGCAUGAAACAUUUUCUUCUUCUUACCAUCAAACACAGCUUCAAAAAAAGAGUUUAAAAUAGAUUAGCUAAAAUCCAUCUUAAAAAAAGCUUACAAACAAUAACAGGAAUUAUGAAAAAAUAGACUAGCGCAUUUUGAAGGCUAUUGAAAGUAUUAACUAUUAUUUCAACAAAGGAAUUUAAAUGUAAUAAAAGCAAUGGGAUCAUUUCGAAAAAUUAAUUUAAGAAGCUAUGACAGAAGCAAACCAAUCAAAUUAACUCAGUAGCAUUACCUACACAAUAAAAAAAUUAAAUAUAAAUGCUAUGCAAUAGAUUGAAAAAGCUGGAAAUAUUAACUAAGCAAGUAAAAUUUUGAAUUUUUGUAGCGAUCUCUUAGAUAAUUUUGGAAACUUAUGGAUUUAAUCAAAUCUUAGAAAUUCUUAGUUGUCGAUUCCAUCAACUUAAACACCAAAAUCAAAUGGAUUUUCAUCGAAUUUUGAAAUGAGCAAACAGAAAUUGUCAAAUUAAAAUUUUGGGCUAAACUUUUCAAGUGUAUUAAGUGAAACACUGAUAUGUUUGAAAAGUUUAACUAUGAAUAAUUAAGGAACUGUAUUUAGAAGGAAAGGUUAAUUUUAAGCUGCUUUAGAAAUUUUCAAUGAAGCACUUAAUAUAUUAUCAAACGCAAAGCGCAAAGAAUAUUUAGGUUUAACGUACUUAAAUUUAUCAAUUUUGUAUAGCUCCUUAGGAAAUCAUAAUAUGUCUUUAGAAAAUGCAAACAAUGCUCUAAUCGAGCAACAAAGGCUUUUCUAUGAAAAAAAUUAUACUACAUACCUAUAAAAAUAAAAUAGUUUAGGAUUUUAUAAUGGGGAAAAUCUACAAAGUUUAGCACUUUCUCCUAAAAGUUCGCUCACCAAUUUAGCAAAUUAAGUAAAAGAAAAUCAAAAAUAAGAAUCUUCAGAUGGAAGUACUCCUAAAAAUAGAAACAAAUAAAUUUUAAAUUAAAUAUCAGCCCAAAAGCUGAACUCUAAAGAGGACUUUUCAAGGACUAUGGAAAAGAAUUUUGAUUCUACAUAAGAAAUAAGCUAUUCAGAUUUAUAUUUUUAUGAUGAAGAGAGAGAAGAUGAAUUUUUGCAGUAAGUAAAUACUUUAGGUAUAAGUUACUAUAAUAUUGCUGCAGAGUUAGAAUAUUUUCAGAGAUGGGAUGAAGCUCAUCGCCACUAUGAAUAUAGCUACACAUCAACAAAAAAGUAUUUUGGUGAAGAUAAUUGUAUAACUCUUCAAUUCUAUGAGGAAUAUAAGCUUUUUUAAUCUAGGCAUGCUAAGAGACUAGUAGAGGAUAACAUUAAUGAGCUAAAACAUAGUCCUUAAAAAUUUGCAAAUUCUGUAAAGAGUUUUACAUUUAAGGAAAGACCACAAAGUUAAAAAAGGAAGCUAAAGUUAGAAGCAGCGUAGCAUAUAUAAACGCUAGGAAACGCACCUCAAACUAUUACUAAAGAAUCAGAAAGAGGCUCAUAACAGACACCUUCAAGAAAAAAUCGCUAGUUUCCAACAAGGCACAGAUCUCUUCAUAUAAACUAAAACACAGUAGCUUAUAACUCAAACUAACUUUCUCACAUUUAGAACCAAAAUAGCUUUUAACAAACACAAAAUUAUCCACUUGAACAAAACUUCAUUUAAAAUUAAACGCCUACUAACAGAAAUGUGAUAAAUUUUACCAAUAAAUCAAAAAGAAAUAUAGUUUCUGCAAGUAAAAGUAGAGUUAACUUAGGUAUCUAGAAUAAUAAUUAAAGCAGUAAUUUCUUUAAUCCAAUUACACCUAAAACAUCUCACUCUCGUAUAAACUCUCAAUCAAAUCACAAUUAAAUAAUACAAGGGCCUUAUCUCUUCUAACCUUCAUAUAGCACAAAUAAUACCUUUGGAGGAAAUGGGUUUACGUAGUAAGCAAAUUCAACUUCUUCAGGAAAUUAUGGAUUUUAAUCUUUUGGUAAUUCAUUACUGAAUUCUCCAAAAAAUAUGAUGUUAACACAACAAGCUAAAAAUUUUAGCUCUAAAACAUAACCAAUAACUAAUCUGCAAGCUUAAAAGGCUAAUUUAAUUAUGAAUUAAAAUGUUAAUAACUAAUAAAAUAAAUUAAUUGAAAAAAUAAAAUAGCUAAGCUCUAAUAAAUAAAGAUUUUAAUUUAAUCAGAUAGAUAAUCUAAAAAUGCAAUUUGAAACUACUCCUAAAGAAAAAAAUUAAUAUAAUAAAAAAUUUCACCAUAAGAAUAAAUCUGAAACUUCGAAUUUAGAGAUUUUUGCUAAUCAAAUGAAUUAAGACAGCGAUUAAGGCAAAUCUAAUAGUUAAUCUGAACUUAAUGAGCAAUUAUUUUUUACUUAAAACAAUGUAUCAUCUAGAAAUUAAGAUAAUCUUUAAUAGCAAAUUUAGUCAAAUAAAAAAGCUUUGAAUUAAUAAAAUGAUAAUAACGAUAUCUCGUCCAAAGAAAAAUAGCUUAGGAAUAACAUAUAAUAACCAGAAAAAAAUUAAUAAUAAGAAAAUCAAUAAAAUAAAUUAAUUGAACAUGAAAAUUAUAAACCUAAAUAAAAUUUUGGUUCAAACAAAACAGAAGGUUCUAAUAUCAAUAAAACUUAAAGCUAAAAAUGUAUGUAUAAGUAGAUUACCUUGUAGGAAAAAUUAAAAGAAUCAGCUAACACUUUAAGAGAAUAAAUGAUUUUAGAAUACAAUUAAAAUAACACUGUCAAAAAUGGGCAUUAAUUAGUUGAUAAUGGAAACAUAAAUAAUAUAUUCUAAUUAAAAGAUGAUAGGCUAAAAUAAAAAUAAGAUGGUAACAAUUAUUCAUCCAAAGAACAUUUUAUAAAUAGGUACAACCAUAUUUUAGAUAAGAAAAAAGAUUCGACGGAAAUACUUAAAAAUUUCUAUGAAAAUAACAAAAAAGAACAUGAUGAAUAAGCAAACUAACAGAAGUAGCUAAAUAAGGAAUCAAAAAGAGAUACUGAAAGCAAUGAUGAUGUUUUUGAUUUAGAAAAAAGUUAAUUGAGUAAUAAGAGUUUGAAUGAAGAAAACUUAAAAAAAUUAAUUAAAACUCUUAAAAAAUAAAAUAAACUUUAAGAAAAAGAUAAAAAAUUCAUAUAGAUUAUCUUAAUGAGUAAAAAUAGUUAACAUAAAUAAAAUAAAUAAAAAAAUGAUAUUUAAGAUAACAACUAACAUGUAAACUUUGAUAAUUUGAAAAAUGGGAAAGAAAAAAUACAACAAGAAUCCACAAGUAGUUAGUAGUUCACAUAAAAUUAAAAUUAAGAAAUAAAUAUCAAUAAUUUAAAACAAAUUAUUUAUUAAGUAUAAAAUAAAAGCCUACAUUUCUUUAGUGUUGAAGAUUCAAAUAAGCCUACUUAAAGGCAAUCUUAAAUAGGAAAUUUAACUUUCACUCUGUUAAACCAGACUCAUUUGAUAUCUAGCUUUAGCUGGGUUUAACAAAAAACGAAAGACUAAAUCAUCUUACUUCACUCAUUCGAUGUUUCUGAAGUUUAUUAAUAAAUUUAAUGGAAUUAAUCAAGUUAAUUUUAACAAAAUAAUUAAAUGUAAGACCAGAAAAGAGCUGAAAAAAAUAACUAAUUUUAAUUAAAUAAAGUAAAUGAUUAAUAAAAUUAAAAUAAAGUCGAGGGAAAAAAUGAAAAGCAAUAAUCUAUGAAACACUAUUUAGAUAUUCUCACUCAAUUAUCAAAUUAAAUUAGUAACUUUUUAAUCAUCUCACCUCUCAUGAAUUUUCUACUAGUAGAUUCAAAUCCAUCAACUCCAAAUCGCCUAAAAAUUAGUCUUUAAAAUGUAGGAAUAUUUUCAAUCGUAAAUUUUGCUGAUGAUUAGUCUCUUGUAAAUUUUGUUUCUGCUUAGUAAGGAAAUUAAAAAAGCUCAGAAGAAAUAGAAAAACAAGCAAAUUAAAAAAUUUAAUUUGUAGAAAGCAAGUAAGAAAAAUAAAAUGAUUCGACAGUGUAGCCUUUGCCUUUGGCUUAAUAACAAAAAAUUUAGAUUAGCCAAUAAGCUCCCAAUAUUCCUCUUUCUUCAAAUAGCCUUACUUCAAAUAGCCCAAAGAGCUCUUCUAGUAACUUAGGAAUAGGUAGUCAUAGUAACUUUUAGCUGCCGUCUUAAUCUCAUAAUCAGCUGGCACUAGAAUAGAUUGAUGAAUUAGAAGAAUUAAAACCAAUACUAAAUCAUAAAAAAAAUGGUAAUAAAAUUGUCUAGUCAAAAUCCAAAUAAAAUAUAUAGGAGUAGCAAUUGACUGAUAUUUCGAAUUCUAGUAUAACGCCAAUCGUAUCAACUAAAUACAACAAGACAAGACCAAAAGUAAAAAGCUAAUCAAGUUUAUCCAAAUUACAUUCUGAAAAGAAGGAAAUACAGCCUAAAGUGAGUUCAGCUAUGACAAUAAAUCCUAUCAUAAAGCAUUUUUAAGAUUGCUCUCCUAUUAAUAAUUUAGGUUCUCCUUUUGUUUCUGCCUAUGAUGCUGAUCCAACAUUUACUAACUACCUCAAAGACAUUACUCCAAUAUUAUAAGAAAAUUAGAAAAACAAUACAAUUUCUGCAACUACAUUGUAGCCAAUCACAUAACCAAAGCAAUCAAAUAAUAGAGCUUAAAAUAAAGAAUAUCAACAAGAAACAAACACAGUUUAAACUCCAGAAUAGCAACUUCAGCAAAUUUAAGCUAUAAUAACCCUAAAUAAGUAAAACUAGGACUAAGACCUAAUUUAAUAAAAUCUACAACAAUAAUAAAAUAUAUUUUAGUAAUCUAAUUUUUAGAACCCUAAUAUUUAGCAACUAUAAUAUUUAUACUCUAAUCAAAACUUGGUUGAUAACUUAGAUUAUAUUAACCAACUUAACUAGCUCUAGUAUCCAUAAUACUUUAACGAAAAUGGGUAAUUCAUAAGCUAAGAUAAUUUUUAGUUGCAGUAACCCUUUGAUGAUAGAAAUUUAAACCCAUAUUCUAAUUAGUAGUUGAGCUAAAACUUAUAAUAAAAUAAUUUUAACAAUCCAGUUUUAACAAAUUUUAACUUUGGAAUUGAAGAAAAUAAUUUAAAUUAAAUCUAACAAUAAUAUAUUUUCAAUAAUUAAAUGAAUGAUAAUUACUUUUAAUAAAUGGUUCUUCCACAGCUUUCUCAAUAGUAGUAAUAUUACCAAACUUAAUAGAACACACCAUAAUAUAAUUAAUAUACCCCAGAAGAAUAAUUUUAUUAAAAUAAUUUAUUGUUUUAGUAGUAGUAAUAGCAGCAAAUAUUGCUUAACUAGUAUUAGCUAUAAUAAAUGAUUUUUUAGAAUUAAAUAAGUUAAUAACAACAAUAAGCAGAGGUUUCAGAAAUUCCAAAAACAAAUUUAGAAUAGCUCUAAACAACUACUUCUAAUGAAAUUAAAUUAUCUGUUUAAAAAGAACAAUCAAAAUAAUCACAGAUAUAGUCAUAAUAGUCUUAGUUAUAGUCUUAGCAAUCACUGCCUUAAGAGGCUUAAAAUAGUAUUAAUUCUCCAUCAUAAAAAAAUUUAGUUUAAUCUUAGAAUUCUAAAUAACAAAACUCAUAAGUCGACUACUCUUAGAAUUCAUAUUUACAAACUAUAAACUCUCCACUAAAAUCUUAAGAUUAAUCUCUUUAGAAUAAAUUAGAUUAGAUAAAUUUGGAUACUUAAUAAAGCAACAACGUUACUAUUUAAAAGGUAGAGAGUUAAUUGGGAUACACGCCUGUCAAUUUCAGCAGAUAGACAUUUUAAUUAGAUUCGCAUGGUUUUGAAAAACUUAAUAUUUAAAAUCCUAUGAUUUCAACUAAUAAUAGCUUAGUAGGAUAUGAUAAAAACUCGGCAAGAAGUUUAACAGACUUAAAUAUUAAGUUAGAUUAAGAUAAAAGGAAAUCAACAAACAAGAAUCAUUUCAGGAACAAAUAUUAAUCAAGAGCUAGUAUAGCAUGUCUUCCUUCUACAUUAGCUCCAAAAUAAGAUAAUAAUGGUUAAAGGAGAUAUUCUUAAUUUUAUAUGUAAACUCUUUAAAAAUUAUAGCAAUAGGAGUUGGAGAGUUAAGAGUCAGAAUCAUCAAAUUCCUCUAAAGAAUCAGAUUCCUCGAAUUCAUAAGAUUAGUCCUAAAUAAAUGAUCCAAAAAAAGAAUAAUUCUAAUAAAAUGACUAAAACAUGGAAGUAAAAUAAACAGAAAGUAAAAUCGAAGAUGAAAAUAAUGAAUAAGAAGACUAAAAUGUUUCAGUCAUAUUAAAAGAUUCAUAAUUUAACAAACUAAGGGCCAAUAAUAAAACGGAACUUAGCAAUCAAUCACCUAACAAUAGGACAUCUAAUAAUAAUAAUAGCUAUAUUAAUACAGUUAACAAAUAAAAUAACGUGAGUAAUAAUAACAAAAUAUUAAAAUAAGAUUAGGAUUAUUACACUUAAAAUGAUGAUUGCGAUGAUGACGAAGAAAAUGAUAAAAUAAAGUAAUAGUUUGAUAAAGAAGAUGUCCUUACUAGAAUAGAUUCAGAAAAUGAUAAUAAUUUUAUUUAAGAUGAUUAUUCACAAACUCAAAAGAAAAACAUAAUCCAUAAUAUUCAAGACAUUAGCUAGAUAAAACAUAAAAGAAAUGAUUUUGAAAGUAUCAAAAGCGAUGACUGGAAUGAAUUCAAAAGUGGAAAACAAAUAUUUAGAAACCAAAGCAACGAAUCAAAUAUUUAUUCUUAUUUUUCUGGAAACCAAAACAUCUCACAAAUAAAUAAAAACAUGAAUGAGGAAGGAUAUAACUUUCCAGACUUGGACUAUUCUAAUCCAGAUAAUAAUUAUGAAGAUACAGAUCUAUAGAAAAGUGGAAUAUAAUCAACCAGUUAAAUCAAUUUUACAAAGAAAAAUAAUAUUAGUUCUUAAACUAGCGUCUAAUCAAAUGAUCCUAACAUCUAAAUGAACGAUAAUAACUAACCUAUUAGUGACAUUAAUUUAAAGUCAGAUGGACAAAACUCUCAAACUAGUGACAUUAAUAAUUAAGUUAAAGAUGAAUCUCCAAAGUAAGUUGUCUAAGUCUAACAGAAAGUAAAUACUGUAAAUUAAGCAGAGCCCCUCAGCUCAGUUCCUCGGGCUCAAAAGAAAAAACAAUCAGUUCCUCAAAUUUUCAUUUUCAAGGUUUCAACUUAAGAAGAUAUCAAUCAAGAAGAUUAAUCAAGCAGCGAUUCAAGUGAUGAGGAGGAUGAGGAGGAAGAACACAAACAUAAAGAAUUUUAAACAGAUGAGGAAGAUACAUCUUAAGAAAUUGAGGAAAAAUAGUAAAUAAAAAAUGUGAAUUCUUUAGAGAAUCUUAAAUAAAAAGAUGACGAAACAAAUAAUUAAUAUAUCCCAAAAUCAGAAAUUCGAAGUUUUAACACGAAUACUGCUUCAAACAGCACUAUUAGCUAAAAUGAAAGAAAACAAUCCUUAAAGGAAUUAGAAAAAAUAGAAAAGAAAGAGUAGAAAAAGAGAGAUUCUUUAAGGAAACUUUAACAUGAAGAGAGCUUAAGUGAUAAACUUUAUCAUCAAUACAGCUCAUUUAGAAGUGUUGGAACAGAGUAACCCUCUGCUAGGUUCUAAUCACCUGAGAAAAGUAUGCAAGAAUCUUAAGGAAGUAAAAAAUAAUUUGACCUAAAGUUAAAGAUAGAAGAGAGCGACCCAUCACCACUUCCACCUAUGAGAGGAAAAUCUGAAAGUCUGAUGAUAAAAUCUGAAGACAACCGAGCUAUGACGCCAAAAAUAAAAGAAAAAAGAAGAGACUCGCUUUUAUCUGAUCUUCCUAACUUCCAGAAUUAGUUGCAGAUUUUAGAAUAGGCAGCACUAGAAAGCAGUAAAGUGACUUAAUCUCUUACAAAUAUUAAAGAAACAGAUGAGUAGAGAUAGAGAAGAGAAAGUAUUAAAAAUGGAAUAGUUCCAGAUUUCGGAAAUAAUUGGUCUACAAGUAAUUUACAGUCGAAAAUGGCUAUGAUAGAAGAAAAUAAUGCAGAUUCAGAUAAUGUAGACUCUGAAGGAGAAGGAAAAUUUUAACGCAGAAGAUAAAGCACCCUAGCAUAAAAUAGACCUAAAAUGAUUACUUUCGAAAGUAAUAUUAGAAUUCACACUAUUCAAUAAAAUUUAGCAAAUGAGUAUCAUGACCAAUAAUCUCCAUAUUUCACUGUUAAUGCUAAUGGUACUCAUGUAUAUGGAUCUCAAAAUUAAUAAAAUUACUCUCAUCAUGAUAAACCUUCUGAUCCCUAACAAGUGAGAGGAAAAACGUUUACUUUUGAUUACAAUUAUUAAAAUGAUUCAAUUAGGGCUAAAGGGAACAGUAAAAGUCAAUUCCAUAAUUUCUUCUAAUUCCCUUCUGAAGAGAAUAUAAAAUACAAAGAUGAAUAAUCUACAAGGAAUUAAGUAUAGAGUAGUUUAUAAGAUCUAAACCAAUAAUAGUAAAAGUAAUCCUCUUAGACUAAUAUUUAGUUUUAGCAAUCAUAAAAUUAGUCUAUGAUAAGUUAAUAAAAUACUCCACUUUCAUCUAUAAAGAGUAAUACUGAUACAUAAAACCAUAGUGGAACUUAGAUAUUUUCUCAAUUUUAAUCAAAAAAUUAUUACAGCAAUUCUAAUUUAGAUUCAGUAUCUCCGAACAACUAAACAACACCAAACCACUAAUCAUCAAAAAGCAAUUUUUCUUAUUCAAAUCUCAAUAAUAAAAACAGCAAUAUGAGAUUUGAAGAUAUAGUAAAUCAAAAUAAUUGA